UUCCUCGCUGUCGAAGCCUCUCAUUCCCGAGGCUCAUCACCAGCUUACCGGCGCUGGAAGACUCAUUCAUGACCGCUCAUCGAAAGCCCUCCGCCGCUGCCGCCCCCCCGUUAGACGACGACCUCUUCUCCUAUUACUUCUCCUUCUUCAACGACGGUGCCGCCCCCUCGGCCAUGGACCCCAACCCCGGGAAGCGCCCUCGGGUGGAUGACCCCUCGUCGAGCCGGCGGCACGUCUUUUCGAAGCCCUCCGAGUCCUCCUCUCCCUCGUCGUCGUCCGCUGACGAGGAGGACGAGGCGCUACAGAGGCCGGAGCAGCUGCCGCCGCAGCCCCAGCAGCAGCAGCGCCGGGUAUGGGUCAGGGACCGGUCCAGCGACUGGUGGGACCGGUACAUCGACCCGGAGCUCCCGGAUAUUGAGUUCCGGCGCGCCUUCCGGAUGUCUCGCGCCACCUUUGACUUCCUCUGUGAUGAGCUCGGCUCCGCCGUGGCCAAGGAGGACACCGCGCUCCGCGCCGCUAUCCCCGUGCGGCAGCGCGUGGCUGUAUGCGUGUGGCGCCUCGCCACCGGCGAGCCCCUCCGGCUCGUCUCCCGGCGCUUCGGCCUCGGAAUCUCCACCUGCCACAAGCUCGUGCUCGAGGUAUGCGCCGCCAUCCGGAACGUGCUGAUGCCGCGGUCGCUCGCCUGGCCCGACUCGGCCGGAGCAGCCGCCGCCGCUGCCCGCUUCGAGGCCCUCUCCGGAAUCCCCAACGUGGUCGGCGCCAUGUACACCACCCAUAUCCCCGUCAUUGCCCCCAGAGUUAGCGUCGCCGCCUACUUCAACCGCCGCCACACCGAGCGCAACCAGAAGAGCUCCUACACCGUCACCCUCCAAGGCGUCGUCGACCCCGACGGCGUCUUCACCGACGUCUGCAUCGGUUGGCCCGGGUCGAUGCCCGACGACCAGGUCCUCGAGAAGUCAGCACUCUACCAGCGCGCCAACAGCGGCCUCCUGAACAACCAAUGGAUCGUCGGCGGGACCGGCCACGCUCUGCUGGACUGGGUGCUCGUCCCCUACGCCCAGGCCAACCUGACUUGGGCGCAGCACGCCUUCAACGAGAAGGUCGGGGCGGUGCAGCGGGUGGCGAAGGAUGCCUUCGCCAGGCUGAAGGGGAGGUGGGGAUGCCUGCAGAAGAGGACUGAGGUGAAGCUGAAGGAUCUCCCGGUGGUGCUGGGGGCCUGCUGCGUCCUCCACAACCUAUGCGAGAUGAGGAAGGAGGAGAUGGAGCCGGAGCUACGGUUCGAGCUGCUGGACGACGAGAUGGUAGCCGACAACGGCCUCCGCUCCUUCAGCGCCAUUCACUUCAGGGAUAGCAUCGCCCACAACCUUUUCCACCAUGGGCUCUCAGGAACGUCCUUCUUAUAGGCUUCCAAGGACCGUAAGGGCAAUAUAUAUAUAUAUAUAUAUAUAUAUAUAUAGUGGAGGUGGAUCCAAGUGUUUUCUCACGUUAAACACUGAUAAGAUCCAUCAUUUAUUUGGUGCAAGCAUUCUGAUCCAAUAUAAAUUAUCCCUUCGAAACCUCGUGCUUCAUUAUUCGGGUUGCACGAUCAAUAUAGCCUACCAAAACGUUGCACGAGAAAACCGACCUGCCAUGCGACAUUAGAUUCACAUCCCGGCCCGGCCCGGCCCGGCCCAUUAAAGAGUCAUUAUCCACGACGCCUCUUCCGCUACCUUCUUCUCUGCCUACCGUUCGUUGACUUCCCGAAAACCUUAGGGUUCUAUUGGCCCCCUUCCGCAUGGGAACCAAGCACACGACCCGGGGCCCCAACGCGAGGCGGCGGAGCGCCUUCGCCAGCCGAGCCUUCCCGCAGGGAAGCAGCCCAAUCUUUCGAGACGCCUCUGGCCCGUCAGACUCCGGCUCCUGCCUUGACGAGGCGACGCCGGAGGCACUCGUCUGUCCGGAGAUUCCGCCGGUCUCGAACGGGGCGGGCUCGUCGGAGUCCCCGACGGAGGGAUCGGAUGGGGUGGAUGCAUGUGGUGAGGUUGAGCGACCCAUUCCGAAAGCGGCGGACGACCCAGCUGUACUUUGCAAAGAUGGGCAUUUGGAAAGCGCGGCUGUUUCGAAGGUCAAGAAUUUGGAUGGCGAAUCAACUACGGAGGCCGAAAGCGAGUCGAAAUCGCGUAACCUCAACACUCAUGAAGCUACAGUUAAACCUGCCGCCAUUAUAGGUGAGACUGGAGAGAGGAAUGUUACAUCCGGGUCGGUGUCGGGCGAGACAGCGGAUGCGGAGAGAAAGAAGCGAUCUUUGUUGGAACAGCAGUCGCGAUCCGGGAAGAAGGCCGGUGAUAACCAAAAGAGAGAGCUUUCCGAGGAUCGAGACCAAGAUGCUUUCAACAUCAAGAAACAAAACCAUGGCGAUGGCUCGUCCCAAGCUCCUGGCAAGAUGGUGAUUAUUUUAGGUCUCAUGGCUGCUCCGAACUGCCCAUGGAGAAACGGAAGAAAGGCUCGCAUUAGCAAGCCCUAAUUCGUGCCGUGAACCAAAGCUAAGUUGGGAAGGGAAGCCAUUGAAUGGAAUAUUGCGUAAACGUGAUGAGAUCAACUACUUCAUGAACAUUUUGUUCAGUACAGUUGCUGCGUAUAUGAGGUGCUCAACUUAAAGGAUAUUUUCUGCUGGUAAAGCUGCUUUACUACUCGAAGGCAGUAAUCAAGGCUACUUGAAUGUGCACUCUGAUUAGGUCUGUUGACUUUGUUUUCUACUAAUGCUUCAUAUGUCAUCAGAGUAUCCAUCUUAGAGGGGUGUGUCAUAAGACUUUACAUUUCAUCAUUUUGGUUCAUAUUGUUUUCUGCAAUUGUUGAGUUCACCUGCUCUGUCAUAUGUGGCUGGACACAUGCCAGUAUCACUUCUCAGUUGGUAUUGUACAUUCUAAUCAAGUUGCAUGAUUCCUAUAGUUUUAAGGAUGCACUCAAGUUGGUAUUGUACAUUCUAAUCAAGUUGCAUGAUACUUGUAGUUUUAA